UAACAGGAAGCUUUCUUGUUUCCUACAGAUGUUUCUGAAGGCCAUGUCUCACAAGUCCUUGGCAACUUUUGCUUGCCGCAACUAUGGAGUUUCUGCAGUUUGUUUGCAAAAAGCUGUUGAUCCCAUCCAACAACUUUUUGUUGAUAAAGUCAGAGAAUAUGGCCAGAAGAGCAAGUCGAGUGGAGGUAAGCUGGUGGACUCGACCCCUCAGGUGGAGAAGCAGCUGCAGCAGGAGCUCGACAAGGUUGCCAAGCAGUAUGGUGGGGGCGCCGGCACCGACAUGACCAAGUUUCCUUCUUUUAAAUUUGAAGAGCCGGUGAUUGACGGACAAAUCAGUCAAGCCUAGACGCGCCAAGCAAAGCUUGUACAUAACGUGUGCCCUCGUCAAAUUCAUCAAGUUUAACACACGUAAUUCAUCACAAAUUACUGUGGCUGUUAUUUGUUUAAUAUAAUAGUUAUAUA